UAUAUACUUUGAAGAGUCAACCCCUUAGCAUAUUUGUCGACAGACAGAAGAAGAUCGCGGUCACGUACAGCAACAUCGUCUUAUAACAAGAUGUUACUACUGCAGUUAAUUGGUGCUGCUGCUCUUUGUUGGCUGAUUAUUAUUAUUCCGGCCCACGGUGCGUUCAACGACAGUCGUCCAGUGAUUAGUACUACUUCCAACGACAGCAGGAAUGCCAGACAGCGUAUCAGUUUUGCAAGUGAGCCUUAUUAUACCAACUUUAAUCCGUUCAGACCUUAUUGGUUCAAUAAUCGCCCACCACCUUAUGUUGACACUCUGGAGGAUGUUAGGAUCAUCGAAGGAAGGUCUCCAAGUCGACUAGGACCUCUGACACCUCAAGUGGAAGAUGAAUCAAAUGACGUCCUUUCUGGCCGUUUUUUCAGACGGCCCGCUAUGCAUCGGGGCCAGCCGACUGGCAACAGUAACGGCAACCGAUUUUAUUCGAAAAUGAGAAACGUCAAUCCGCUGUCGAAUUUCAUGCCCUGCGUGUCGACCAAUGCCGAAGAAAUGGGAAUUUGCCUUCUGGCACCUGUUUGCACUUACUACGGAGGGCGAUCGACGGGGGGAGACUGUAGGAUGGGACUCACCUGUUGCGUCAAUGAAAUAACCAGUUGCGGACCACUGAUUACGUUUAAUAACACGUACUGGCAAUCUCCUGCCGUGAUCAGUUCGGAGAGCAGUUGCGGAUUGACCGUCAAACUGGACCAAUACCUCAUGGAACAAAGGAAACCCGUCUGCCAAAUACGUCUGGAUUUCCAGGCGUUCUCACUUGCGCAACCCAAUACGGAAAGCGUUUGCAACAUUGACAGUUUUCAAGUGGCCGGCGCUCUCAAUAAAAUUCCAAUCAUUUGUGGAGACGCCAACGGACAGCACAUGUAUUUGAUGCUCCCGCGAGUUUCUACCAGCGUCCAGCUGGUGAUGACACUCGGCACUUCAUCCUCCCCUCGCUAUUGGAGGAUCAAAAUCGCUAUGCUCCCUUGUGAUUCCGAAUUCUUAGCGCCGGAGGAUUGCCUGCAGUAUUUCACAACGUCGACGGGUUCGAUCAUGACUUUCAACUGGAUGGACACGACCAGUCGGGCGACACGUCAACUGGCCAGUCAGGAUUAUUACAUUUGUUUCCGGACAGAGUUGGUCAACCGACAGAGCAGCGGUCAAGUGGCCACGAUGCUGUGCCUGUCUCACUGUCAAGUGGCCAACGGCCAGCCGUUCAGCCUUUCCGGCCGAGUGGAGGCUAGAAGCCAACGAUUGGAAUCCAGUUCGUGCGCCAACGAUUACGUGGUAUUCCCCGGCGGAUUCAGUUUCCCCAUGACCGAGCCGGUCAACCAACGGGAUCGUUUCUGCGGAACCCUUUUGUCCCAGAUGGACGAGGCCGACACGCAACAAACCAUUUGCAGUACAGCCAAACCGUUUCGAUUGCUCUACCGGACGAAUGGCGACGAAACGUUAACUCCGUCGUCGGACUCACCGCAGUUGGGUAACCAAGGCUUCUGUUUGAGUUUCGAACAGAAAUUGACGUAAUAUGAUCUAUUAUUAUUACGCAAUCCAGCAAUAACGAAAGAGCGAAUAACUUAUUAAUUUAUAUUCUCAGAAAAAUGUAUCUCUCCCUUUUAGCGCAACCAUGUUCAAAGUUUUCGUUUCAAUACAAAUUCUUUUUUCUCA